AACUUCUGUCCCACCUUCCGUUCCUUUAUUAAAUUACAUAAUAAAAAGAAAAAACAUAAAAUAUAUCAAAAGCCAAAAAAUAAAAACCAUGCUAAAAUAUUAAUAAUUAUAUUUUCUUCGAGGACGCCCCGUCAAUCCCCAAGCGACCGUCGGUCGAACCCUUCUUCCCACCGCCAGUCUGAAAUCCCUAAACAUCGUCUGCACGAUCUGACGCCGCCGUCCAUGGACGACGAGUACGACGACGAGUCCCGUUCUCCUUCCCCUUCCUUUUCCUCCCCCUUACCUUUGCCACUCUCCAUCUCCAUCGCCCGGCCAUCUUCCACCCCGCCGACAGACGCCCAACCAUCUAAUCCAGUCACCGUCGCCUCUUCCUCUCCCCAUCAAAUACUCACUCUCGCCCUCCCCAUCCAGCCCCCGCUGGGCUCCUCCGGCGGCGGCGGCGGCCGCGAGGACUGCUGGAGCGAGGGCGCGACCUCAGUGCUCAUCGAUGCGUGGGGGGAGCGCUACCUCGAACUCAGCCGUGGAAACCUUAGGCAGAAACAAUGGCAAGAGGUGGCCGAUGUCGUCAGCAGCCGCGACGAUUACUCCAAAACGCCUAAAAGCGAUGCGCAGUGCAAAAACCGCAUCGAUACCUUGAAGAAGAAGUACAAGAUCGAGAAAUCGAAGAUGGGAUCUUCGUCUUGGCCCUUCUUCAACCGCCUUGAUCUUCUCCUCGGACCAACCGUCAAACCAUCGCCAUCUCACACCACCAUCCCCAAAAAACAGAGGACGAAUUUGUCGGCCAAACGGAAGGCUUCUACGCCCUCAUCCACCUCCGACAGCUUACCCCCGACAGCAAAUGGGAAGCGGAGAGCGGUGCCGGCGGGCAAGACGAGGGAGCUCACACGGGCAAUUCUGAGGUUUGGGGAGGUAUACCAGCGUGUGGAGAGCUCGAAGCUGCAGCAAUCAAUGGAGAUGGAGCGGCAGAGGAUGGAGUUCUCGCGUGAGCUUGAGGAACAGCGGAUGCAUUUCUUUAUGAAGACGCAGAUCGAGCUCUCCCAGCUAAAGCGCCAUUUUCGCCCUUCCUCGGGCUCUGGAGGUGGCAGCAAUAAUCACCACCGUCACCGGCAUGGGCAACAAGCUUCGGCUAACCGUAAUAAUAACGGGAAUCAGAACUUUGGUGGAGGGUUGAUGUGAAUCUGUGAAUGGAAUGCCUGCUUCAAUGAAUCUGUUUUUGGUUUUAGCUGGUUUCUGAAAAUUCAU